AUGCUCAAAGAAGCUGUUCAACAGCUGCAGGCCUUGGUUGUUUUUUGCCACAACGAUCUGCUUAUUCACAACAUUAUCCAUAAUGAAGAAACAGGUGCAAUAUAUUUCAUCGAUUACGAGUAUGCGGAUUACAAUUACCAGGCAUUUGACAUUGCUAAUCACUUCUGCGAAUAUGCUGGUCAGUUUUCAGUCUUGCACAUACGCAUCAGAGAUUUCGAUUAUUCACGUUGCCCUGACCUACAUUGUAAACGCUUGUGGAUAACGGAGUAUUUGACGUAUUUCCUGGAAAGGCAGCCUAACGUCGAUGAAGUUGAGGCAUUGCUUCGCGAUACUAAUGUUUUUGAGGCCGCCGCUCACUUUUUUUGGGCCCUUUGGGCGCUAGCGCAAUCACAGAUCUCAACAAUCCACUUUGAC